UGGGUGAGAGCUGUAUGAAUGUGACUUACACCCAUCAGAGUAUCUGUGCUUUGAAAGGGUCAACAGUGGACAUAUCGUGCUUUUACACACAUCCCAGGUGGCAUAACGUCACAGAAGUGUCCUGGUUCAACAAAUGGGAGACUGGUGUCACUAAAGACCUGAGCCUGAACCCAGAGUAUGCAGAUCGUGUGGAAUACCAUCGACAAACAGAAAAGGACUCCACCCUGAGAAUCACAGACCUGAGAGAGAGUGACUCAACUGAGUACAAGUUCAGAUUUACAACUGAUGAGGCAAGAUGGGGGUACAGCUUCCCUGGAACAACUCUGACUGUCACAGGUUCUCAGGUGGAGGUGACUCCUAAAUGGAGAUCAGAGUCGAAGACACUGUCCUGUAUCACCACCUGUACUCUGAGUAACCCCAACCCCAUCUAUAUCUGGUACAAGAACGGACAACAUCUAGAUGAGAGCACCUCCCCCCAGUACAAAGACCCAGUCUCCAGUAACUAUGACGAUAGUUACUCCUGUGCUGUAAAAGGCCAUGAGGAUCUCCACUCUCCUGCAGUGUUCAGGGUCAGAGCUGCAGCAGAGUGA